ACCGGCGCCACCGGUCAGUCGUUGGAACGCAUCCAACCGCUUAACAGGUUUGGUGCUCCGAGCGCAGAAACCGGCCAGAACGUUUUCGAGAGUGUGAUUCUUCUUUCUUUCUUUUUGCAACUGUUGACCGAAGCGUCCCUCACAUCGUGCACAAUGGGCGCACUGAUUUGGCGAAUACUCGUGCUGUGUUUCAUCGCUUCCUGCUCACAGCUUCCUGUCACGGUGGCACAAUAUCUUUCCAGCUGCAAGACACCGGGCGGUGAUGGAGAGCCGGGAACCUGUGUGCUGGUGCGCGAAUGUCCGUUCGCUCGCGCUCUGCUGAUGAAGCAGAAGCACUCGAACAACGAUAUUCGCUAUCUGGAAGCGAUACGGUGCGGUAUGCUGGAAACCAAGGCGCUGGUCUGUUGCAAUGCACCGAACAUUACCGCGGACAGCAGCAGCAGCAGCGGCAGCAUCGAUGGGCUGCUGGUAGACGGGGAAACGAUUGAUGGGUUGGUAGAGAAUCGGUUCAGCACGCCGGAGGAAAAACGUGGCCUGCUGCCAGAGGUGUGUGGUGUGGAUACGUAUCGCGGACCGAUCCGUGGCGAGCUGGCUCAGCUGUUUCAUUUCCCCUGGAAUGUGCUGAUACAGCAUCGGACGAAAGAUGGUGAGCAUCGUUUCCACUGCGGCGGAUCACUGAUCAGUGAUCGAUACGUACUGACGGCCGCCCGCUGCAUUAUGGGCAUCAAGAAAACAUGGACAAUCGUGUCCGUAAGGGUAGGCGAAUUGAAUCUGCAAACCGAUCCAGACUGUGACGACUCCACUGCCGGCGUUACCGAAUGUGCCAGCCCGGUGGAGGACAUUCCCAUCGAAAAGAUUACCGUACCCUCCAACUACACCGGUACCGGGUCGCCGGCCGUCAAGCAAGACAUCGCCCUGCUGCGGUUAGCCCGCAGGGUCGAGUUUAGUGAGUCGGUUGCACCGAUCUGUUUGCCCCUGAAUACGUCCAACUGGGUGGGCUAUAGCACAGAGCAGGACGGAAGCUUUUACGAGAGUGGCUGGGGUAAAACGCCCGACGCUGGUGGUGGUGGUGAUAACAAAUGGAAUUAUGUAUCGGUUGGUGUCGCACGGGAGCUUUGCCGCGAUCGGUACCCACACGCCAGCAUUGAUGGGGAGCAGAUUUGUGCGAUGCCUUGGAGUGAGCAGAACACGUGCCGAGGGGAUACCGGGGGGCCACUGAUGUACCAGUCUGGCACAGAUGGCGCCUGGUACCUGAUGGGUGUCGGCAGCUUCCGCAAGCAGUGUGCCAUCGUCGGCGAACCGGCAGUCUAUACUAAUGUGGCCACCUUUACCGACUGGAUCGUUGAGAAUCUGGAACCGUAGGCUGGCAAAAGGCUGGCAUGCCAACGUACCAGUAAAUCACCUGAACGCUUUAUACACAAACAUGUAUAGAAAGGGAACCAA